GUAAAAAAGGAACCCCAAUUCCCAGAAGGCAGAAAACGAAAGAGCCUAAUACAAUUAUACAAAGAUGAGAGGCAUAGGAGGUCCGCUUCUAUGCAUUGGCGAUCUGCUCAGCGAUCUCGGAGACUCUGACGGUGCUGCCCCUUCGCGUCAUCCCCAAACCCCUCUCUCCUCAUCUCCCUCUUCAGCUUCCAGCCCCAAUGACACCCCUCAAUCCCAAGCCUUGGCCCUCACCAAGCUCUUCCAGUUUUCAUGUAUACACUACAGCAGGAAGCAUCUAAUUCUAUUAAUCCUGAUUCAGGAAGAGUACAACCACUUGAAUGAGGCUCUCUCUGGUACAGACCACUCAUGGACAUCUCUAACUCUAAAGUUAUGCUCUGCUCUGGAAACUGCAAACAAACUGGUCCAGGCGACCAACUCAAAUGUGAGUUUGCUAUCAGAGAAGGUUGGAGAGCUCGAGAAAAUUGUCAAGAGAGGAGACUCUGCCAUAGCAUCGGCCAAGGCCAUCCAUGUAUCUUUGAACCAAAAGCAAGGAUCAUUUACUGGCAGUCAAAAUAUCCGAUAGUCAUGGUUUUAAUAGGUUAAAGGUUCCUGAAAGUCCAUAUUGGAAAGAUGUUCUUAAGUUACUUGUCAGGAUUGUACAAAUAACAUCUUCUGUGUUAGAGGAUCUGAAAAACCAAAUAUUCGAGAGGGAUGCGCUUUUAAUUAUGUGCCAAAACAUAAAUUUGAUCAA